GGUGGAAAUGAAAUGAAAUCAAUACCCUCAAAGAAAAAAAAAAGAGAAAAAGAAAUUGGGGUGGGGAUAUGGGCAUGUAAAGUAGUGGGGAACACAAAGAAAGGGAAGAGAAGAGAAGAGAAGAGAAGAGAAAAGGAGAAGGAGGAAGUCACGCUAUCUUUGUCCCUUUCAUCAACAACACCUCGAACCGAUUUAAUUAAGCAUGACCAGCUCCUCUGCCGCCUCCCGCAAGGCACUGAGUAAGAUAGCUUGUAAUCGGCUCCAGAAAGAACUGGUGGAGUGGCAGGUCAACCCUCCUUCUGGUUUCAAACACAAAGUCACCGAUAAUCUCCAAAGAUGGGUAAUAGAAGUAAUUGGAGCACCGGGGACCCUUUAUGCUAAUGAGACUUACCAGCUUCAAGUUGACUUCCCUGAGCAUUACCCCAUGGAAGCUCCUCAGGUUAUUUUUCUUCAUCCAGCUCCACCUCACCCUCAUAUUUAUAGCAAUGGCCAUAUUUGUUUAGAUAUAUUAUAUGAUUCAUGGUCCCCUGCGAUGACUGUUAGUUCUGUCUGCAUCAGCAUUCUCUCAAUGCUAUCAAGCUCAACUGUGAAGCAACGCCCGGAAGACAAUGAUCGAUAUGUAAAGAACUGUAGAAAUGGCAGAUCUCCAAAGGAGACUAGGUGGUGGUUCCAUGAUGAUAAAGUGUAGUAAAUGAGGCAUCUUGAUGCACAUUAAUUCAAAUAAUCAUAGUGAAGCCUUUUUGUUGAAAGGACAAUGUAAACAUAAGGAGAAGCAUUCUGAAAAAAAAAAAAUCAUUCUGAAUGCACAUAGCCUCCUGUAAAUGGCGAUGCCUGGUGUGUAAAGAAAGAGGAACAAUGUGCUUUUAGUUACAUGUGAGGAACAAACCUGGUUCUCUAGUUACAUUACAAGGUAGAUCAUUGGUGCUUUGUAAGACGCUGCACACAAUUGAAACUGUUAAAUCCUUAUGUAAUAAUUUCCCGACUCUUUUCUUC